CUCCACUCACACCUGUAACCGGCCUGUGUUCGUCAGGAGGCCGCUGGCCUGAGGAGCAUCGGCCGCUGGCUCUCCAAAGCUAACUGCGCUAAGCUAACGUUAUGAAUGAAUCUGAUGCAGAGGAAGCUAACACAUGCUAACAUUAGCUUCAGCUCAUUCUUCAAUGAAGACUUCACCAUGGAUAUCCGACCCAACCACACAAUUUACAUCAACAACAUCAAUGACAAAGUCAAGAAGGAAGAGCUGAAGCGCUCGCUCUACGCACUCUUCUCUCAGUUCGGACAGAUCAUCGAAAUUGUGGCCUCGAAGACCAUGAACAUGAGGGGGCAGGCCUUCGUCGUCUUUAAAGAGCUCGCCGGCGCCACCAAUGCGUUAAGGCAGCUGCAAGGUUUUCCCUUCUACAACAAGCCCAUGAGGAUACAGUACGCAAAGACCGACUCCGAGGUCAUCGCCAAGGUGAAGGGCACGUACGGCGACAAGGAGAAGAAGAAGGAGAAGAAGAAGAAAGCUCAGGAGGCGGGGACGAACCUCAUAAAGAAACCGGCUCUGGGAUCAGCAGCACCUGUGCACUCAGCUGCCGUCCAGGUUCCAGACAACCCCCCCAACUACAUCCUGUUCCUUAGCAACCUGCCGGAGGAGACCAAUGAGAUGAUGCUAUCGAUGCUGUUCAACCAGUUUCCUGGUUUCAAAGAGGUGCGUCUCGUUCCGGGCCAACACGACAUCUCCUUCGUGGAGUUCGAAAGCGACACUCAGGCGGGCGUGGCUAAGGACGCACUACAGGGCUUCAGAAUCACGGCGACGUGCGCCAUGAAGAUCACCUACGCCAAGAAGUAGUUCCCAUGGUGACAGACUGUUCAGUGGAGGGGGCGUGGCCACUGGAUUUCCGUUGUGUUCCGAUUUUUGUAAAUCUUUUUUUUUAUUGGAUAAAUUUUGUUUUUUCAUUCUUUGGCUUGAGAGAAAAAUCUUUUCAUCUUACUCUGUAAAAUAAAGAAUAAAAGACUUUUUCAUAA